AUGGCCCCAGACGCUGCUGGAAAAGGUAUCCUCCUCAAAGUUGACCCUAUCGCGGACACUUUCCGCGCUGAAGUCAAGGAUGGACUUGCAGCCCUGCCUCGUACACCGACGCUUGUCGGAAUCCUGGCAACUAACGCGUCUCCAAGUAGGUUUUAUGCCGACUUCACGAGGAAGCAAUGUGAGGGGCUUGGAGUGAGGUUUAUUCUUAAGGAGGUGGGGAGUGCGCUGAAGCAGAAUGAAGGAGAGGAAGCGAGAUCAGAUGGAGAUGGUGUGGAGGAGGCAAUCAUCGAAGCUAAUGAAGAUGAUAACGUUGAUGGUAUUAUGGUGUAUUUCCCAAUAUUUGGGGGCCAGCAGGACCAUUAUUUGCAGCAGAUUGUCUCUCCACUCAAGGAUGUAGAAGGUCUUCAUUCGAAAUUCCACUAUAAUCUAUACCACAACAUCCGUUUCAUCACGCCUGCCUCGCUCGCAUCUACUAUCCCGUCUUCAAAAGUUACCCAGCCAGUAAUAGACGAUAUUCCUCCACCCGGAACAGUGAAAUCCAUCAUUCCUUGCACUCCCCUUGGUGUUGUCAAAUGCCUCGAGUAUAUUGGAGUAUAUAACAAGAUCCUUACAUACGGCGAUCGCGCUUACGGGAAGACCGUGACCGUAAUCAAUCGGUCAGAAGUUGUAGGACGCCCUCUCGCCGCACUUAUUGCGAAUGACGGCGCGAGAGUGUUUUCCGUCGAUAUAGACUCAAUCCAGGAAUAUACAAAGCGGCCUCGUUCCCCAAACUCGACUUCUGCUAGACAAUACCUUCCGCACCAUACUUCUCACCUGUGCACGCUCUCACUGGAAGAAUGUCUAGCGGUCUCAGACGUUGUCAUCAGUGCUGUGCCUAGCGCAUCAUACAAGGUCAAGACAGAAUGGCUAAAAGAAGGAUGUGUAUGUAUCAACGUCGCAGCAGACAAGAAUUUCGAAAAGGAUGUAAGGGAUAAGGUGCAUUUCAGCGGAUCUCAGAUUGGUCCCCACUAG